AGUUCAGUACAUCAAGAAGAAGAUCAGUAAGAAAGUGUCUGCAGAGAAAAGCAUGAAUCUGUUCCACUGUCUGAAUGAACUGAAUGAUCGUUCUCUAGAGGAGGAGAUCCAACAGUCUCUGAGUUCAGGAAGUCUCUCCACAGAUAAACUGUCUCCUGCUCAGUGGUCAGCUCUGGGUUUCAUCUUAGUGUCAUCAGGAAAAGAUCUGGAUGUGUUUGACCUGAAGAAAUACUCUGCUUCAGAGGAGGUUCUUCUGAGGCUGCUGCCAGUGGUUAAAGCCUCCAACAAAGCUCUACUGAGUUACUGUAACCUCUCAGAGAGAAGCUGUGAAGCUCUGUYCUCAGUUCUCASCUCCCAGUCMUCCAGUCUCAGAGAACUGGACCUGAGUAACAACAACYUGCRGGAUUCAGGAGUGAAGCUUCUCUCUGCUGGACUGAAGAGUCCAAACUGCAACCUGGAAACUCUCAGGUAAAAUGUGGCCAAUCUUGGUGAUUUCUAUCCACUAGCUGCUAGCAGAGAUUGACAAAAGUAUUUUACCAGCAUCCAAACGAUGGGAAUCAGGUGUUCCAGUAACUUCCAUGGCCACAGGUUUAUGAAAAUAGCACCAAGGCAUGUAGACUGUUUUUACAAACAUUUGUGAAAKAAUGUCUUGCUCUCAGGAACUCAGUGGAUUCCAGC